CCUGGGAGCCCCACAGCCUGCGGAGGCAAGAAACUGCUCAACAAGUGUGCUGCCUCGGCCGCGGAGGAGAGCGGGUCCGGCAAGAAGGAGAAGGUGAUUAUCGCCGAUGACUACUCAGAUCCCUUUGAUGCCAAGAAUGAUCUCAAGAGUAAAGCGGGAAAGGGGGAGAGUGCUGGCUACAUGGAGCCCUACGAGGCCCAGAGGAUCAUGACAGAAUUUCAGAGGCAGGAAAGUGUCCGGUCCCAGCACAAAGGCAUCCAGUUGUAUGACACCCCUUACGAACCCGAGGGCCAAAGCAUCGACUCGGACUCAGAGAGCGCAGUCAGCCCCCGACUGCGGGAGAGCAAGCUGCCCCAGGAUGACGACAGGCCCGCUGAUGAGUACGACCAGCCAUGGGAGUGGAACCGGGUCACCAUCCCAGCUCUGGCAGCCCAGUUUAACGGCAACGAGAAACGACAGUCAUCCCCCUCGCCUUCCCGGGACCGGCGGCGCCAGCUUCGAGCUCCCGGAGGGGGCUUCAAGCCCAUCAAGCAUGGGAGCCCCGAGUUCUGUGGGAUCCUGGGAGAAAGAGUGGAUCCUGCUGUCCCACUGGAGAAGCAAAUAUGGUAUCACGGAGCCAUCAGCAGAGGAGAGGCCGAGAACCUGCUGCGACUCUGCAAGGAGUGCAGCUACCUCGUCCGGAACAGCCAGACCAGCAAGCACGACUACUCCCUGUCCCUGAAGAGCAACCAGGGCUUUAUGCACAUGAAACUGGCCAAAACCAAAGAGAAGUACAUUCUGGGUCAGAACAGCCCCCCGUUCGACAGUGUCCCAGAAGUCAUCCAUUACUACACCACCAGAAAGCUGCCCAUCAAAGGCGCUGAGCACUUGUCCCUCCUCUACCCGGUGGCUGUGCGGACCCUGUGAGAGGACCAGCCUCGCCCUGCGCUGACAGGGCCCAGACCUGGAGGAGCCGGAGCCCCCGCCGACCAGCGUGUCCAGUUCGUGUCGUGUGUAUGGUACUGGCACACCACUGCAUGUCUCUAGAAUGCUGUUGCCACUAAGGGGGCUGGGAAAGGCCUGGAUAGAGACAGAGGGACGGCCCACAAGCCGCCCCAGCCCCCACCCCCACCCCCUCCUUGAGUUUCUGUGAAUUAAAAUAUUUGCAAAUCCAAAGAGAUGCCUUGCAGGAUGAACAAAGGCAAGCAGCUCCGAGGGGAGGGCCGGGCGGAACCGCCUGGGUUGCCGCACUUUGCUUUGUUCUCCCGCUGUCAGGAAUUCACACCUGUGCAGGGAGCACAGUUUUCCCACCAGGGCCCCACGGUGUGGGGAGCCAAACGCUGGUGCUGGGAGAGCCGGAAGGCCUGGAGUCCUGCCUCCCCUCUGGUGUGCGUGUGUCUGUGUGUGUGUGUGAGUGUGCGCACAUCCGUCACACACAGAUGUGAGUAAGCCCUCUAAUCCACUUUAUCACUCGGUGUAAUCAUUAGAUCUUCAAGGAAUCAUUGUGCGGUCAAAAGAGGAUUCAAUUAUUUAUGACUAAGGUGUGUAAAUAAAAUAGUCAUUUAAUAUGUA